AGCCUGUAUGUCAACAGAGGUUAAAGAUAGCGAGGCACAAGGGAGGGAACGAAAGCGCUGAGACCCUUAAGCUCGGGGAGAAAUGUUGUGUCUUGACAUAACAGACGGAUUCCACUCCGGCUUUGACCUUCAUCGGAAGAAGGAGGCUGUCUGAAUCCAGGGGUGAGGCUGCGAGGUUGGAAAACCUGGCAGGAAUCUAAGGAAGAAUUUUCAGGGCACUGAGAGCAUCGUGCUUCCAGAGAGAUAUUGUGGAAUUAUACAUAAUCCACAGAGGAGGUAGUGUAACUCAAGAUCAACAAUGAAUGGGCUCUCGAACACAUCUCUGGGCCUCCAGGACACAAAGACGAUACACAAUGCGUGGAAGUCCCGAAUGCACAAGUUCAUCCAGAGUCCAUUACCAUGGAGGAAAAUCAACAGACACGAAACAGAUGAAGCGAGCCUACUGGGAGAAUCUCUGGAGGCGCUACUUUCGCGGAAACGUAAUUUCCCUCUUCCUGCGAGCAAUACAAAAGUAAUAUUGCGGUUGUUGCCUGUUGUCUUUAUGAUGAGGUCAUGUUCCCUCCUGUGUAAAGGUGGACAGUCAGCAUUUCGGGACUUUCUGAAAUCGGAGUUCUGCGAGGAGAAUCUGGACUUCUGGCUCGCCUGCGAAGACUUCAAAUCCUAUGAUAGCCAAGAGGAGCUGACACGGAAAGCAGCAAGUAUUUAUGAGGAGUUCAUCGAGGCUGACUCUCCUAAACAGGUAAACAUAGACUUCUACACGAGAGAGAUCAUCAGCCAGUGUCUCCAGCAACCGAGUCCAUCGUGUUUUGUUGUGGCACAGAGGAAAAUCUACAGCCUGAUGGAGAACGGCUCCUUCCCACGCUUCAUUCAGUCAGAGCAAUACAAAGUCCUUUUUGAUGCAACUUCUAAGCCGAGAGGGCCUGGGAAGCACAGAAAGGCCUUGAAGAUAAAAAGCACUGGAGAUCUAAUGCAGCAUGAUUCAAAACCAAUCAUUCUGCAGAGUGAGCUCUAUCUUUUGCACAAGGACUGACAUUGCACAUGCAGAUGCUGCAAAGCAUUGCACGGGCACAGACUGAGGCACCGGUGUUGACAGACAGGGCGGAGGCACUUCCCCUUCCUUCAAAAUGUCAACAACAUGAGACUCGGUGACAAGACUCAAAGUUGUCCCAGUUUAACGGACAUAACACACUGCAGGGGGUGGCAUCUGGCGCACAGUGAACACUGUGAAAGUAAAACGUGAACUUUCCACUGUGACAGCCAGUCUUUCAGAUGAAACGCAAAGGACUGCAGGAUUGUCGAGCUUGAACAAUGUUUAUAAAAAUGUGAAAGAUUGUGAUGUGUGUUUGUCAUAUGAUGUAUAAUUUGUGGUUAAUUCAUGCACAUAUACAUUCAUAGUUUAAACUGUUGCAAGGACUCCUCAACUGAACAGCAAAACUAUUUAUGUCAUCGAGUGUGUCAUAAAAAUGUAUCCUGGGUUCAGUUGAUAUGCUACUGGCACCUAGUGGUGACUGACAAAACCUACAUUUGGAGCUACUGGAUCGUUCGCAGUAAAAGAUAAAGGUGGUGUGCAAUAAUGAGAAAAACACCUUUUGUGACAAGAGUAAUGAUAUUUAUUAUAACCUGUAUUGUUGUAUUUGUGAAGGCUUGGUGAUUAUUUUUGAAAACCAUGAUUGCUCUCUGCUUGUCACCACACUCACCAGGAAAACAACAAACAAUAACCAGCAGGAAUGUCGAAUACAGAGUCUGCUGUAGAUCAUUUAGCCUCACCUAUUCCCUCAAAUAAACAAGUCACUCUGUCGUUCUAAAGAGGGGUUCCUCCUGGAUUCCAGU